AUGGAUUUCCAGCCAUCCUUUAUAAAAGAAAAACUCCUCUUCAGUAUGAACACAACUCCAGAAUGUAUUUUCCCAGUGCUCACAAACUGUUCUCCAGGGAAAAAUCGAACGGAAGUACAAACAGCAAUCCACAAGGCUACACUGGCCACCUGCACCUUACUGCUCAUGCUGGUUUUCUGCCUGGGAUCCUAUGGCAAUGUAAUUGUAUUUUCCUCCUUCUUCAAUCCUGCUUUCAGGAAAUUUAGGACACAUUUUGAUUUCAUGAUCCUGAAUCUGUCUUUCUGUGACCUCUUCAUCUGCCUCAUUGCAGUCCCCAUGUUUGGCUUUGUGAUGUUCUUUGAUAACAGGAGCAAUAUGUCAGAUACCUUCUGUUUUGCAUUCCACCUCACUAGCACAGGGUUCGUCAUAAUGUCUUUGAAAACAGUGGCUGUGAUCGCUCUUCAUCGUCUAAGAAUGGUGCUAGGGCAGCGAACAAAUCAUUCCUCCUCAUUUGUCUGUACACUUCUCCUUACUGUUGUUUUGUGGGUCAUCAGUUUUACCCUAGCCACAUUGUCAGCCAUGACUAAAUACCACAGCUCGAAGAUCUGUGUCCCAUUGCUUGGGCUCAUUAACGAAGAUGGCAAGGCCAUUUUAUACACAUACGUGGUGGACUUUACCCUCUGUGUGGGCAUUGUUGCAAUUUCUUAUGCUAUGAUUGCUCAAACUCUCCACAAGAAUGCACAGGUACGGCGCUGUCCUGUGAUUACAGUGGUUGACCCCAAAAAGCACGACUGUUUCGUCCAUCCAGAUGGAUCAGGGCCCUCUUUAUACAGAGGGCAGAAAUGCAACAAGACACCCCAUGUGCAAACACACCUAUAUACACACAAUGAAAGCAAAAAUGUGACUACUUCCAACAAGAAGCUAGAACACACAGUGAACCUUUCAGCUGUUAAGGAUUCCAAAGCAGUAGUGACCUGUGUUAUGAUACUAUUAUCAGUGGUCUGCUGCCUGCCAUUGGGUGUAGCUCUGGUGCAUGAUGUCUUAUCCUCAGACAGCAGCUUCAUCAUUUACCAAUUUGAGUUGUGUGGAUUAACCUUGGUGUUUUUUAGGUCGGGCCUCAAUCCAUUUAUCUAUUCUCGCAACAACUCUGGUCUCCGCAAGAAGGUGGCUUGGUGCACACAGUUUAUGGCCCUCCUGCUGUGCUGCAAGCAGAAAACAAGACUGAAAGCAGUUGGGGAUGGUAGCCUGGUUUUGAACAGGAACAAGUCUUCUCACCACGAUACCAAUUCAGCCUACAUCCUCUCCCCCAAGUCACAGAAAAAACUUGUUGACCAGGCCUGUGGACCAAGCAAUUCAAAAGACAUCUUCACUUCUGUUGAGUACCAGCAAAAAGCACAGAGUGCCUCCACCCCUAUUAACACUAGGAUGGAGCCAUACUACAGUAUCUAUAACAGCAGCAUCUCCCAGGAAGACAGCACCCCUACAAAUUUGCAGCCCAGGAGAUAUACUUUUGGUUCAGUUCAGUCCUACACUGGAAUGUACUACCACAUUUCAAAAACAUCAGACUUCAUGCAGGAUUGUGACAGUACUUCAGCGAAACAUAUCCCCAUCCCUUCUGUCUAA